AUGUCACGUGAAACAUGUUGGAUUCCCCAUCAGGGAGCUCAGGAUGAAAACAAACAACAGUUCUCACCAGAAUGUCUACUGGAUUGCUUGGAUCUAUCAUCGGAACACCACACACUUGAAGUGGCAAACAGAAUAGAAGCUGCCAUCCAUGUUUGGAAACUGAAAGGCCAAAAAAAUUCGACACCUCAAGCCAGAUCAAAGAAAUCUUGGGGUGGAAAAGUGAAGGGUCUUGUCGGAGAUAAGGAAAAGAGCCACACUUUGUCUGAAAGAGCUAAUGGUCUAUUGCAGAGCCUAAGAUUGAGACAUCCUGGUCUGCCACAAACCUCCCUUGACAUGAACAAGAUCCAGUAUAACAAGGAUGUUGGGCAGUCCAUACUUGAAAGUUACUCAAGGGUUCUGGAGAGCUUGGCAUUUAACAUAAUUGCAAGAAUUGAUGGUGUGAUUUAUGUUGAUGAUGCUACAAAGAAAUCUGCUGCUGCCGAGUCUGUUUCGAUCUUCAAUCGUGGCACCGGUGUGCCAGUUCAGAAGAGGAUAUCUUUAAGCCCAUUCUCUAUUCAGAAUACGCCAUAUGCCUCUCCAUUCGCAACACCCACUUUCUGCUCCUCCACCCCAGUUACAUGCAGCCCUGGAAGAGUACAACCCCCGUUAAACAAAACCAAUCUAGGAAGGCCAGAAAUCAAGGUCGAGAAGCUUUUUUCUGGUGAUCUAGAGAAGGUCUGGACAUAUGCUGGAAACCUGAGCGCUAGGCCUGAGGGGUGCUGA